AUGGUCACUGCAUUCCAUAUUUUACUCUAUCUUUCUGUUAAAUCCGAGCCCUCACUGCCCCCACAGUAUAAACGCCUGCCUCACUGUCCAGUAGCUCAGGGCUCAAGAAAAGGCAUUACAACUGAAAUAGACAAUAUAUUAGCAGAGAAUCGAUUGGGAAGUGAAGGCAUCGAGUGCUGGAAGAGUUCAUCACAGCCUCCACGACAGCGCUCCCAAAGAGUCUCUUCAUUAGAGGGUUAGCCAUAAAAAAGUGGUGACUAUUAAGACACUGGGACUACGAUAUGAAUUGUCAUUGAGAUAUGAUAUGGUUAUGGUGUGAGUGGUAGUGACGGUGUCGGCGUUGAGGGUCUGAAGUGUAUCCCAAAGUAAUAGCGAUAAGAGAAAUGCAACGCAAAUGUAAAUUGUGAGGACUUCCCCGUGCGCUCAGACCUGAACACUACCAGUGCGACCGAGUUUUUAACUAAAACAGAUCGCUAUUUAAUGAUACGCUAUGGAAAGGACCGACAACUUCGGAUUGGAUCCCAUCCCUAAGCGGAGUUCCCUCUUAGACGAGUCCAAUGCAUCCAAUGGUGCGCAUCGAGAGAGCGGU